GCAAAACAAAGCGUCCGCAGAGGUGUCCUCCUGUCCCCGACCUGUGGUAAAGUCCCUUCAUCAUGGCACUGGCUGGGGUGAGAGUGGUUGAGCUGGCGGGACUGGCUCCUGCACCGUUCUGUGGUAUGAUCCUGGCAGACUUUGGGGCUAAGGUGAUCCGUGUGGACCGUACCAAGGUUGCCAUGGCAAUGGACACGCAGGCCCGGGGUAAACAAUCUGUCGCCAUCAACCUGAAGACAUCAGAUGGCGUAGCCUUGCUCAGGAAGCUCUGUGUCCAGUCUGAUGUGGUGCUGGAGCCCUACCGUAAAGGUGUGAUGGAAAAGCUGGGCCUCGGUCCACAGGAGCUGUUAAAGGAAAAUCCUCGUCUGAUCUAUGCUCGCUUGACGGGGUACGGACAGAGUGGAUCUUACGCCACCGCAGCUGGACAUGACAUCAACUACCUUGCCAUGUCAGGCCUUUUAUCCCGGCUGGGUCGAAGCGGAGAGAAGCCUUAUGCUCCGUUGAAUCUGUUAGCAGACUUUGCAGGUGGCGGUCUCACCUGUGCCAUGGGGAUAGUCCUAGCGCUGUUGGAAAGGACGAAAUCAGGGAAAGGACAGAUCAUUGAUGCUAGCAUGGUGGAAGGAGCUGCAUAUGUGGGUUCAUUUAUAUGGAAAUCUCGGAGCAUUGGUAUGUGGGACCGUUCUAGAGGGGAGAACAUGCUGGACAGCGGAGCACCCUUCUACGAUACAUACCAGACUUCAGAUGGAAAGUACAUGGCUGUUGGUGCCAUAGAGCCGCAGUUCUACAAACAGCUACUGAAAGGCUUAGAAUUGGAUGCUGCAGCGUUACCUACCCAGAUGAACUACAUCGAUUGGCCUGAGCUUAGACGGAUCUUCACAGAACGUUUUGCCACGAAGACCCAGGCGGAUUGGUCAAAGAUCUUUGAUGGGACUGAUGCCUGUGUCACACCUGUGUUAUCUUUUGACCAGGUGAGCUCACACCCACAUAACCAGGAAAGAGGUUCUUUCAUCCAGGACUCAAGCAGAGAAGAAAGUCCCCGGCCAGCUCCGGUUCUCUCUCGGACUCCUGCACAGCCUUGCCUAGCCUCUGACCCUGUUAUUGGAGAACACACAGUUGAGGUCUUAGAGGAGUACGGUUUUUCAUCAGCACAGAUAGACCAGAUGCUAACAGCAGGGAUUAUAGAGUGUAAUGCAGUGAAGGCAAAGUUAUAAGGUCUAAACCUUAUUUGGAAAUUCAAAUCUAUCUUUUAGUGUUAGACUACAGGGAAGAGAUGGUCCCUAAUAAGACCAGUUAUGAGUUGAACCAUAGACAUAAUUGAUAUGGACAAUUGAUAUCCAAAAUCUAAAUCUUUAAUGAUUUAAAGUAAAACCUGCCAUUUAUGUAUCUAAUAAGUGUACUGUGUAAGACAGAGCGUGGAACACACAUGUAAGCAGAGUUGUCAUUAUCCCACACACUUUCUUCUAGUGGAAAGUGAAAGGCAGAACUGUGCACACUCUCAGGGUACAUGGAUGAUGUUUGAGUUUGUCAGUCGGUUAAAGUUAGUUUGAAUAGCUGCCUCCUCUACUUCAUAGCAACUGUUGCCCUCUGAAUGUUUGAGUUUGAAAGAUAGAUAGUCUUUUCUGAGAUUUCCAACUCAGAGUCAAUCUGUCCACUGGAUCAGUGAGUUAAUGGCACAGUCACAGAACCAUCGCAGUUUCAACGUCCACAAGAAACAUUUCAGAAGUGUAUGCUCUUCAGCAGCCACGUGUUUUGCUGACAUUCUUUGAGCUAUACAAGCAUAUUAAAUACAUAUUGAUGUAAUAACAGAUGCUUUGUGGCUGCUUUUAUUGCCUCUAACUUGGUCUAUGAUCAGUAAUAAUUUCGUUCAUUUUAGCUUCAGUGUUGUCUAUCUCAUGGCACAGCUGUUAUCAUUACCUGCUGUUUUUGUUUAUUAUCUGGUGAUGUCAUUAUAUUAAAAUAAUCAUUUAAUCAACAGCCUACGGGUUGGGAAUGAUUGUACAGGUGGUAUUAAUGAGUCAAAUUUCAUAAUUGUUUUAAUUGUCUGACAGCAGAAACAGAAAAAUAUAUAAAUGAGUGAUGAGUGAUGACAGCGAGCAGAGGAGAGAAACAGAUGGAUCUUUCUCUUCACCCUCUCCAUCUCCCUCACUAACUUCAAACAUGAAAAACUAGUUUUGCUCUCUGUGUGUCAAGGUGGUAACAAGUGAAAAGCAUCAUUAAAUAUUUAUUUUUAAGUCAAUUGCUGAUAAAAAUAGACACUGUAAUACAUUUCCAAGUGAAUUUCACACUUUGGCAAACAGAUAGCGGAGCAGACAUAAUGGGUUCAGUGGCUGUUUUGUGGUACAGUGUACAAUAUGUUUUAAUUACUAAGUCAGGGCAAGUCUAAAAACAGCAGACAUUGACCAAAGUGCUUUACAGAGAGAUUAAAAUUUGAUUGAUGAUUACACUCAAACAAAACCACAGGAUCAAAGGUUGCAGUUGUUCAUGCAUAAAAGGAGUUUAAGGGAAAUUAAAAAUAUAAAUCACCAAAUCACAUUUUUUGAUACAUUUUUUUUUAAUAAAAGGGCAAAUACUACAAUGUUGGGAGUUUUAUUUUUUAUUUGCUGUAAUUAUUGUGGCACUGCCAAUGGUUUAAAUUGUUAUGUUGUUGUUGUUGUUGUGUUGUUUUAAAAUGAUUAAAUGCUGAGGCCCUCUGUGCUUUGUUGUCUUAUGAUAAUGUAUAAAAGUGUAAAUCAUAUGCAGCAUGGGUAUAUUUUCAAGAUUUUCUUGUGUUUGAAAAAUCAAUAAACACCUCC